UUGUACAUAAUUGUGAAAGUAAAUCAGAAGGUCUUUUAGUUGACAAGUAGGAUUUUAGGAUAAUUCAAACAUUACAAAAAGGUAAAAAAAUUCAAAAAGGAAAGUCCUUUAACAAUUGGAAAAGGACAGACAUCGAUUAAAUAGGAUGUAUUAUAACAUCUUAAUAAGGUAUAUCUUUUGGGAACAAGUUUCGAGUUUACUUCACUUGAGAUUCAAAUUUGCCAUAAAAACCAAUACCAGAUAAAUAAGAAUUAUAAAUAAUGAGUGAAUUACAAGAAGAACAAUUAACUGAGCAACAAACACAAGAUGUUCUAUGUAUCUCAUCAUCAAGUGACACUGAAGAUGAUCAAGACUUUUCAACGGAAGAAGAAACCGAAACUAACGAUUUUCAAAAUAAAGAAUCGAUUUUUGCUAAACAAAACCUUACAAUAAGAAUAAAGAAAACAAAGUUACAUGUUAUCAGAGAACAGCUUACAAGAGAAUCACCUGUAUUUGAAAGAAUGCUUCAGAGUGAGUUUCAAGAAAAAGAUGCCGAAGAAAUCACACUUCCUGGAAAACGAGUCGAGGAUUUCGUUUACUUUCUGCGAUGCACACUGGCUGGCACUGAUGAUGAUUUUACAGAUGUGACUGUUCAUAAGGUACUUCCUCUUGCGCAUGAAUAUCAGACUAAAAGAACACUUGAUAAAGCAGAUUUAUUUUUGAAGGAAAAAUGUGAAACAGAAUCUGAUCAUUUAUCUUCUCAGCAGAUAAUCGAAAAUAUCAUAGAAGCAGAACUGUACAAUCUACCACAAUAUUUGGAUGCAUGUAUAAACGUUGCAUCCAGAAAGUACUACCGGAAAUUAGUUCAGAAUGAUCGAUUUGAAAAUAUUUCCAUAGAGACAAGGUAUAAUAUCUCUUUGAAACGUUGGGAGGAUAUCGAUACAAUGUUUGAAAAAACCGGCUUUUUUAAACAGGUAAUACAAUAUGGAUACUAUUAUGAGUCCCCAAAAAAGACUCGUACUCGUGCACCUUCACUUUCAUUUGAAAAUGUAGGUGAACAGAUGAAGUCGUUCAUGCACAACAAUUAGAUGUCACUUUUUUGCUGGAAAGCGAAAAAUAAUUCAUACAUUUGUUCUGCAUCUUACAUGUCUAAUGUACAUUGAUAUGAUUGAGCAGGUUUUAGUACUUUUCUAUGUAAAAAUAUUCAAUAAGGUGAAAUACUGUUUCUUUUAUUUGUUUGUGUGAUUUUUGUUUGUUUGAAUUUUUACAUCGUUAAUUUAUUAUAUGUUGUUCUUGUUCAUUGUUUAUUGUGUCAUUAUUAUUGUGUUAGUCAGCUUAUCGAUAUAAAUAAAAGUAGGAUUGAAACUCACCAGCCCCUGUCAUACUUUCAUUUGCUUUUAAGGACUUAUGGGUUUGAAUGUUGUACAGAUGGUUGUCUAUUGUUGAUGCUUUUUUUAUUUGUA